CUGCAAAACCCCUCCUCCGCCUUUCACCCGCCCAUCUCCGGCGUUCAAGAAUGAGGGCACUCUUCAUAAACCCAGGAUUGAAAAUUAAGCUUGAGCUGAAACCCUUAAUCCUCUGUAACUUAUGUAAAAGGUUUUCAAUUUCUAAUGAUGGAGGACCCUCUAAUGAAGGAAGGUGGAGGGUUCCUCAAAUUAAUGUUAAAGAAGGUCAAAAUUCUAGAAAACACGAAAUCAUCAAACAAGAAGUCGAAAACGUGUGUCGAAUUUUAGAAACCGGUCCAUGGGGACCUACAUUAGAGAAGGCUCUGUCUUCGUGCAGCGAAAAACCUCACUCGGAAUUAAUUACCGGAGUAUUGCGGAGAAUCAAGAACGUCGAGUUAGCUGUUAGUUACUUCAGAUGGGCUGAGAGGGCAUCCAAUCAAGUGAAUUCUCAAGAAACGUACAAUUCGCUUCUCUUGUUAAUGGCUAGGUGUAACAGGUUCGAUCGAAUCGAACAUAUUUUGGAAGAAAUGAGUCUGGCUGGAUUCGGUCCGACUUUUGAGACGAGUUUGGAGUUGGUUUCAACUUCUGUAAGAUCUCAAAGAUUGAGAGAGGCGUUCGAUCUUAUACAAACAAUGAGAAAAUUCAAGAUUCGCCCCGCGUUUUCUGCAUACACGACCCUAAUAGGUGCGUUGGCUGGGGCCCACAAACCCGAGCACCCUCACCUCAUGCUUACACUCUUCCAACAAAUGCAGGAAUUAGGGUACGAAGUUACGGUGCAUUUAUUCACAACCCUAAUUCGUGUGUUCGCUCGCGAUGGACAUGUCGAUGCUGCUCUUUCAUUGUUAGAUGAGAUGAAAAGCAAUUCUUUCGAUGCGGAUAUUGUUUUGUAUAAUGUGUGUAUAGAUUGCUUCGGUAAAGUCGGGAAAGUCGACAUGGCGUGGAAAUUCUUCCACGAGAUAAAAACCCACGGUCUGAAACCGGACGAUGUUUCUUACACGAGCAUGUUGGGUGUUCUAUGCAAAGCUGGCAAAAUGGACGAGGCUAUUGAAUUAUUCGAACAAAUGGAGAUAAAUAAAGCAGUUCCUUGUGCUUAUGCUUACAAUACGAUGAUUAUGGGAUAUGGUAAUGCUGGAAGAUUCGACGAAGCGUAUGGUUUGCUCGAGAGGCAAAGAUUGAAAGGCUCAAUACCAUCUGUCAUUGCUUAUAACAGUCUUCUUACAUGUUUAGGUAAGAAAGGCAAAGUCGAAGAAGCCUUGAAGAUUUUCAACGAGAUGAAAAAAGACGCAAUGCCUAAUUUGCCCACGUAUAAUAUCCUAGUGGAUAUGCUCUCGAGAGCUGGAAAACUCGAUUCAGCUUUGGAAAUACAGAGAGAUAUGAAGGAGAGUGGGUUAGUUCCGAAUGUGAUGACUGUUAAUAUAAUGAUUGAUCGGUUAUGCAAGGCGAAUAAAGUUGAAGAAGCUUGCUCUGUUUUUCGUAGCAUGGAUCGUAAAAUUUGUGGGCCGAAUAAAUUUACGUUUUGUUCGUUGAUCGAUGGAUUGGGUAGGCAUGGUAGAGUAGAUGAUGCUUAUAAAUUAUACGAGGAAAUGCUGGAUUGUAACGAAACACCAGAUGCUAUUGUAUUCACUUCGCUUAUACGGAGCUUUUUCCGGGCGGGUCGAAAAGAAGACGGGCAUAAAAUUUACAAGGAAAUGACCCGUAAAGGAGCUUCACCGGAUCUUACACUCCUUAAUACGUACAUGGACUGUGUGUUCAAAGCAGGGGAAACUGAAAAGGGUAGAGCUUUGUUCGAGGAGAUAAAAGACCGUUUUACCCCCGAUGCAAGAAGCUACUCAAUUCUUAUCCACGGACUUAUAAAAGCCGGUUUUGCUCGUGAGACUCACGAGCUAUUUUACGCUAUGAAAGAACAAGGGUGUGUUCUUGAUACACUUGCGUAUAACACCGUUAUCGAUGGGUUUUGCAAAUCGGGGAAAGUGAAUAAAGCUUAUCAAUUAUUGGAGGAAAUGAAGUCAAAGGGUCAUCAACCAACUGUAGUUACGUACGGUUCGGUAAUUGACGGUCUCGCUAAAAUCGAUAGGCUGGACGAAGCUUAUAUGCUUUUCGAAGAAGCAAAAUCUGUAAAUGUGGAAUUAAACGUGGUUGUGUACAGCAGUCUUGUGGAUGGAUUCGGGAAAGUUGGUAGAAUAGACGAAGCGUAUUUAAUAAUCGAGGAAAUGAUGCAGAAUAAAUUAAAUCCGAAUAUCCAAACGUGGAAUUGCUUACUCGACGCACUUGUGAAGGCAGAGGAAAUAGACGAAGCGCUCGUUUGUUGGAACUCUAUAAAAGAAUUGAAAUGUAUACCGAACAUUAUAAGUUAUAGUAUAAUAAUAAACGGGCUUUGUAGGGUUCGGAAAUUCAAUAAGGCGUUUGUGUUUUGGCAAGAAAUGCAGAAACAGGGGAUGAAGCCGAACGGGAUCACGUAUUUGACCAUGAUUUCUGGUCUGGCGAAAGCUGGCAAUAUUUACGAGGCGGAUAAGUUAUUCGAGCGGUUUAAAUUGAACGGGGGUGUGCCCGAUUCUGCGUGCUAUAAUACUAUGAUUGAAGGUCUGAGUGUGGCGAAUAAGGCGAGCGACGCGUAUAGGCUUUUUGAAGAAACGAGGCUGAAGGGUUGUUGUAUAUAUACCAAGACUUGUGUGGUGCUUUUGGAUGCGCUGCAUAAAGCAGAGUGUCUUGAGCAGGCUGCCGUUGUGGGCGCUGUGUUGAGGGAGGCGGCUAAAUCGCAGCACGCUUCGAGGGCGUUUUAGUAAUUUGGAGGGUCUUGGUGAUUAAUCGGACAGCCAAUUUUGGGAUUUUGAUAGCAAAUUCGGCUUCAGAGUUGUUGUACUAAUUGGGGUUUGACGAGAGUUGCUGACCAUGGUAGAAAAUUUUUGAUGAAGAAAUUUGGGAGGUGCUACGCCGAUAUACGCUUUGUGUAUAUUUUUGCAGAUGCUACACGUAUCCACAUGUGUGUGUGUGUGAUUGUGUGCAAAUGUACGGCGGGAUGGGGUCGAGUGUGCUUCGUAGAGUGUAUCAGCAUCUAUAAGAGCCGUACGAGGAAUCUUUUUUUUUUCAGAAGAGUUGUAUCAUUUGGCUAGCCAGCAAAACACACACACAAACACACUUUAGAUUGUCUUUUUCUUUUUUAAUGGAUUCACUGUAUUUUAUGUACUUGUAAAGUGAUUCAAGAUGAUGUUUUUCUUCCUCUUUGAAAUAAUAUCUUGAUCUGGUUUGGUUAAAUUAGUGGAAGAUUACGUGGAAUAUUCUCCAGUU